AUGGACAAGUCUCUGCCUGUAGCCCCUAAGAAAUAUCGAUUCGGAAUUUGUGCUAUGAGAAAGAAAGUAGAAGCAUCGCCGAUGAAGAUGCUCAUGGAGAGAAUCCGCCCUUUUGUCGAAAUCGUGAUUUUUGAAGAAGAAACUAUUCUUCAUGCUCCGAUCGAGGAAUGGCCCAUUGUAGAUGUUCUUAUGGGUUGGUACUCGGACGGUUAUCCUUUGGACAAGGCAAUCUCAUAUGUGGAGCUCCGAAAGCCGUAUUCCCUCAACGACUUGUCAAUGCAGAAAAUAUCCUGUGGUAAUAAUAAUAAUAAUAAUAAUGAUAAUAUCUUUUGGUUCCUUUAUUGA